GUCUCAUUGUUAUUUAUUUAUUUAUUUUUUGACCUCCUUCUCUCGUUUAACUUUUUCUUUGACAAUUUGUUAUGGUUGAUGGAGUAAUCUUUCUAAUUUGAUUUGUAGAAUCCAACAUGUAUCUUAAAAUCACAAAUUUUAAGGAUCUUUUUUUAGAAAAUAAAUUCAUAAAAUAUUUUUAUUUAAUUUAUAUUAUAAAAAAAAAUAAAAAGCACCUAAUUUUUUAUUUUGAAAACAAACACGUCUACAUGGCUGGUAAAAGUAAGACUUUCUUUUUUUCAUUUUUUCUUUUGUUUUUGUUUUUGUGAGACUGAAUAAGCCUCUCCUACGUCAAAACCCUGUUCACACUGAAUCACGCAUGAGUUGCAUCCACCAUUGACACCAGCUUGAAUGACAUUAUACAAACAAUUUUUUUGUUAAAAAAAAGAAAAGAAAAGAAAGGCAAACAUUGUUUGGUUGGAGAAGAGAGGCAAGGUGUAGGGGUCCCCUCUGGAGUUUAUUAAAAGGGGUAUGCAAUGAAAUAGCGGAUGGCAGUGGGGCUCUGUUGCUCUGCGAGAAGAACACAGCAGGGAUCCAUAGAGGGGAAAAGGUUUGGACAGGAACCCGUUACUUCCGAACUCUCAAAAAAGCAGCAAAAGUUUGGAUUUUGCUCUGCGCAUUAACUUCAUCAAAUCCCUUUCAUAGUGAGACUGAGGAGCAGAGCAUGGACAUGGGACAUAUGCAGAGAGCGCUCGUCGAUUAUACCGCAUCCUUGUUUCAUGAGGGGUUUUUGGAUAGUCAGUUCUCACAGCUUCAGCAACUGCAAGAUGAGAGCAACCCAAAUUUUGUGGUUGAAGUGGUCUCUCUCUUCUUUGAUGAUUCUAAAAGGCUUCUCAAUGAUCUGACCAGAGCUCUAGAUCAGCAAAAUGUAGACUUCAAAAGGGUUGAUGCCCAUGUUCACCAGUUGAAGGGUAGCAGCUCCAGCAUAGGCGCACACAGAGUGAAAAAUGCCUGCAUUACCUUUCGCAAGUUCUGUGAGGAACAGAACAUUGAUGCGUGCCUGAGAUGUCUGCAAGAAGUAAAACAGGAGUUUUACCUUGUGAAGAACAAGCUUGAAACCCUCUUCAUGCUGGAGCAGCAACAGGCUUUUGCUCAGGGUGGAUCGCUUCCUACAAUGGAAUGAGCUUUGAGGGGAAAUGCUUUAUGAGCUUUUGGAACACUUUACUGGGAGGUUCUCUUUUAACUACUAGUUUUUGCUUGUAUAAUUUCAUGAAGAGAGAGAGAGAGAGAGAGAGAUCUUUCCAUCUGCUGUAACUUUUCAAUCUGAAUCUCCAAAGCUCAAAAGAACUUAGCUGUUUUCUGUUACCAGAUAUAUAUUUUUUCUGGUCUGCUUUUACAA